AGCCAAUGUAUUUAGUGGCUUUUCAUUGAGCCUCCAUAGCUUUAGUUUUUUUUUUUUGCCUUCUUCCAUCGCGGCUGAGGAGCAUGACAGAUCAAUCGACGAAGGCUGCCGGACGCUUUGCAAGCGCUGCAAGCGUUGCAAGCGCUGCAAGCACAAGCUACAAGGAUGAUCACGUGAGCAAAGACUCGCCAGCGAAGACGCACAAGGACGGCGAUCAGGUCCGGGGCCACCGCCAUCGAAAGAGCCUGCCCAACUUCCAGUGCCGAGCAGAGGAGUUGUUGAAAAAGAAGAUGGAGGAGCUCUAUGUUCUCAUCCCCAAGAUGGUCGACUUGUUUGAGGGAAUCGAUGAUACGAAGACGGAACUCCUGGCCGACCAGUUGGUUGAGAUGGUGGAGGUCUCCACCGACCUGCUCUUGACCGAGAGCAUGAAGAAUUAUGGGCAGCUCCAAUGCAUUAAGUUGCAAGUAGAUGCCUUGGUCGACUCCCUCGCCUGGCUCAAAGAGGAGCUUGAUCUUCUCGUGACCUCAUUCGAGAGUUGCCUUAAAGGGCGAAAGAUCCGCGUCAGCGAUGAUGAGUUCAAGGAAAUGGUGGACCUUGUCGACUUAGACCACUUGCUUGCGCAGGUGGAAAAGCACCAACGCCGUCAGGUGGUGGAGAAGGUGGUCAAAGUGCCCCCGCUGGAAAGCACCACCCACACGGCCACUCGAGAGGUGGAGACUGAGCCGCGGCGACAGGUGAACGUCGAGAGCAUCGAGCAGGUCACCGAUGUAAAUGUGAAGCCGAUUGAAGUGGUGCAGGUUCGCAUCCACGAGGCAGCCCAAAGCCAAGCAGCGGCUGUGCUGGUGAUUGGUCGCCUUCCCGAUCACUUCCGGCCGAGGGCGCCGCCAGCAGCACGUGCAGUUGGGCUGUUGGAUGAGGUGCCACACAGCCAGGCCGACCCCCAAUCAGCCACAGUUCCCUCGGUCCACCAAGCAGCGCUUUGAGAGCCUGCAAAAAAUUGGACAAACGGGAUGGCCGCUUGCGAGAGCAUGGGCGAAAACGUGCAGCCCAAAGUGGAGGAAAGAAUCGGCUGCCUGACGCUGCAGGAUUCUUGGACCUCUGAGGUCCAAGAAUCAUGGUGAAAUCGUUUCUUAUCGUGAAAUCCUUUGUUUGCAAAGGAGCGCACGCUUGGGCGGGGCUGCGAGUUCCAUGGCCUUGUUCGAUGGGUUCCCAACCUUCGGCCGGUGACCAGCCAACGGUCCGGUCGCCGGUCGCCGGUCGGGUAGGGGUUUGUACUGCGUCUUUCUUCAAGUUACGCACCAGAUCCUAUGGCCCAUAUAUAUGAACACAUAUGCCACCAUGGAUGUGAUGGUUCUUACCGAACACACAUUGUUUUCCAAAGGCCCAAGGGUUUGAACUACAAUUAGGUCAACCAAGUUUUUAAAUGGCCUUGGAAGGCUAGGGUAUUCGUCAUAUCUUCUGCUGCUCCACCUCUUUCUUUGCAGUCGCGUCCUCCACUGCAAUUGAUGGGAGAUGAGGCUGAUGCUUGACUGGUCACAUUGGGCGUGAAGUUCAUUCGUGUGUGCCAACUCAGACGGUUCAUGCUGUAAGCUUUCAACUCUUCUUGAUGCACUCAACAGUGAACGCGUGCUCCGAAUGCCCGGGUAGUGCAGUGAACUGUCCUUUCUUGAAAAGGGCCAUCUCUUCUAGCUAACUGGUGAUGUUGGCAUGGCAUGCAGAUG